UUAAAGGAGGCAUACGAUAUAUCUGGGUAGCUUGCUUGCUCUUUCUCUGAUCUAAUGGAGGCCGCAAUAAUCAACUUCAUUUGUUUCGCCUUUUUUCUUUCUUUCUUCACUAUUUUAGUCCAUAAACAGUGGAAGAAGAAGGCAAAUCCCCGUGGGGGAAAACUGCCGCCAGGCCCGUGGAAGCUGCCGAUCAUCGGCAACUUGUUCCACUUGGGCGGCUCAUCACUGCCCGCCCACCGCCUCCUUAGCGAUUUAGCGAAAAGGCACGGCAGCUCGUCGGGCCUCAUGCACCUCCAAAUCGGAUAAGUUUCGGCAGUGAUGGUGUCGUCUAGAGAGAUGGCGAAAGAGUUCCUAAGAACUCACGACCUGGUUUUCGCCAGCAGGCCACAACUUCUGGGCGGCAAAAUAAUCUUCUACAAUUGUUCUGACAUUGUGCUGUCCCCGUACGGUGAUCACUGGAGACAAAUGCGCAAAAUAUGUGUGAUGGAGCUCCUAAACCCCAAACUUAUCCGCUCCUUCAGCUCCAUCAGGAACGAUGAGAUCCAUCGCCUCUUGACUCACGUCCGUUCAUCUUUGGGGACUCCAGUCAAUCUGUCUCAGAGAAUCUCCUUGUUUAUGAGCUCUCUUAUAUGCAGAUCCGCAUUGGGUAGGGUAUUCACCGGAAGAGAAGAGUUAAUUGAGCUAGUGGACGAGAUGUCAGCCUUGUUAGGAGGUUUCGAGUUUGCUGACGUGUUUCCCUCCUUGAAGUUUCUUCACGGCCUCUGCGGGAACAAGAGUAAGUUCCUAGAAGUUUAUCACAAAACAGAUGCAAUUAUCGAGAACAUCAUCAAACAGCACGAAAAGAACUUAGAAAGUGGCAACAAGGGAAGUGGCGAGUUAGGGGCUGACGAUAUAAUCAAUGUCCUCAUCAAACUUGAGAGAAAGGGUGGCCUUCAACUGCCUAUCACUCACGACAUCAUCAAAGCCAUAAUCCUCGAUAUUUUUGCAGGAGGAACGGAAACAUCAUCAACGACAGUAGUGUGGGCAAUGUCGGAGAUGAUGAAACAUCCUAGGGUGUUUGCCAAAGCACAAGCUGAGGUGAGAGAAGCCUUCAAAGGGAAGGAGAAGUUGGAGGAGGGUGACAUUGAGCAAUUAGAAUACCUCAAGUUAGUGGUCAAAGAAACAUUGAGGUGUCAUCCUCCGCUUCCCUUGCUAGUUCCCAGAGAAUGCAGAGAAGAAACUAUAGUCUAUGGGUGCACCAUACCACAGAAGGCGAGAGUGUUAAUUAAUGUAUGGGCGAUCGGUAGGGAUCCCCAAUACUGGAAAGACCCGGAGAGCUUUAUACCUGAAAGAUUUGACAACAACAAUAAUAAUAAUUCAAUUGAUUUCAUGGGAAAUCACUUCGAAUUUUUGCCUUUUGGUGCUGGAAGGAGGAUAUGUCCAGGACUUGCAUUUGGUUUCGCCAACACUUUGUUUCCUUUAGCACACUUGCUCUACAACUUUGACUGGAAGCUGCCUGCUGGAGUUACAGUUGAAACAUUGGACAUGUCAGAGAGGCCUGGAAUGGCUGUAGCCAAAAAGAAUGAACUUUUCUUGAUUCCUACUCCUCCGGUCUCCUCCUGUUAAUUCACACUAAUAUAAUAUACCUAGCUACUUUAGUGUUGUUUAACUAAUUUACAUACAGCAUCAAUAAUAAUA